CAUGUGCUCAUAUUAUUGUGCUCUUUUCUUCAUGAACAAAACGGAAGGAUCUAACUUUUGUUUCUUCUCUUCUUCUUGUCCUCCUCCUCCAUCUUAUUGUUGUGUCCCAACACCGCUGACAAAUCAAAUCCAAUGCCCCCACCACAAGGUCUAACCCCAGAAGAGUUCGCUGAGCUCGAGCCUCUCAUCCUGUCGCACCACACGUUCGACCCUUGCCCAAACACCUGUACUUCCCUCAUAACCCAGAGGAUCAAUGCCCCUGCUCAAGUCGUAUGGCCUUUUGUCCGUAGCUUCGAUAACCCUCAAAGGUACAAGCACUUUAUCAAGAGCUGUGAGAUGAGGGGCGAUGGAGGGGUAGGGAGCAUAAGGGACGUUACUGUGGUCUCAGGUCUCCCGGCCUCAACAAGCACCGAGAGGCUAGAGAUCCUCGACGAUGAGAGGCACAUAUUGAGCUUUAGGGUCGUCGGAGGCGAGCACAGGCUCAACAACUACUGGUCCGUGACAUCUGUAAAUGAGUUUGCAAGCCUCGAGGAAGGGAACAACAACGUUUACACCAUCGUUUUGGAGUCUUACAUUGUGGACAUACCGGAGGGGAACACAGGGGAGGAUACUAAGAUGUUCGUUGACACCGUCGUGAAGUUGAACCUCCAAAAGCUUGCACUCGUGGCCAUAGCCUCUAUGAAUGGACAUGAUCAUCAUUAACUGAAGAUCAACUACCAUUCUCGCAAGUUCAAUAAAUGUCAGGCAAUGAGGGGAUCUCAUAUUACACCAACUUUUCAGAUCGAUCAUCAUCAAGGUGCCGAGACUGAGAUAUACUUUCAGUUGGUGGGAUACACGGUUUCAUGCCAAAUUGUACGACCAGAUUAUACGGAUAAUCUGCCAUCAAAUUUAUCUGAAGUGUUAGCUAGUAAUUACAUAAUUGUGAGUAAUUAAUUAGUUCAAAGCUUUUCGCCCUUUCUUUUUAGUUCCAUAUUGCUGAUUUUCAGGAAAUAAGUGGGAUCAAUUUUAAUAGCAUAUUUCAGUUUAUGUUCGGGUUUUCUUUUUUUUUUUUUAAUGAGAACAUGGAAUAUUCUCUAUCUAUCCAUUAGCUAA